AUGUCGUCCUUCACAUUUGCCCCGAAUCAGUACCCUCAGCAGCAGCAACAGCAGCGAGAGAUGCAAAAAAACUAUGUCUUUGUUGACGAACACAACCGUCACAAGCGCCUCAAAGUAAUGCGAGCUUGCGAAGGAUGUCGACGACGAAAGAUCAAGUGCGAUGCUGCCACCACAAACUCAUGGCCAUGCUCUGCAUGCGUCCGCUUGAAGCUCCACUGUGUACGACCAAACGGCUUCGACAACGCCGGCGAUCCAACCACCUACGAAGCCUUCAUCACCCCGGAUCAGUUUCAACAGAUGACCAUGCAGAUGCCUCCACAACAGCAUCGGGAGGCCCCAGACAUGUAUACUCAGAUGUCCAGCUAUACCGAGAACCUCGGUGGCUUCCAUACCAUUCCCUACGACCCCUCCCAAGCCCAGCAAGACAUACACUACACAACUGUCGCACCCCCCGCCAUGCUCGACCCGAACUCGUACGCACAGCAGAGCAACUUCCCGGCGCAUUCGCUCAACCAGCCAGAACAUCCCGGCGCCUCUCCCGAGUCCUACACUACCGAUUCUUAUCAGCAGCAAGAUUUGUCUGAUCUUCUGGGAACCCUCAAGCUGAACGAGCUCGGCACUGCCCCAUAUCUACGAAACAAAGCCUCCUUUCGCCGCGGCGAUGAACCUGUUGUCGAGGACGACGACGACUACGGUGGUCUUCCCCCGAUCCCUGCUGGCUCAGGCUCUAAAAUCCGCAUCCCCCCAGAGCUCAUGCCCGAUGAGGAGACUGCCCUACAGUAUUUUGAGCUUUACUUUACACACGUGCAUCCUUACGUCCCCGUACUAUACAAGCCGCACAUCUACCAUCAAUGGCGCCAUGCGCGCGAAUCCAUUUCGCCCCUCAUCCUCGAAGCCAUCUUUGCCAUCGGUGGUCGCCUUGCGGAGGAGCCCGCCAUGGGCCAGCAGUGGCUCGGCCUCGCCUCGCGUCAUGCCGAUGCCUUUAUGGAUACACCGCGUCUAAGUACGCUUCAAGCUCUUCUCAUGAUACUCAAAGCCCGCGAAGGUGCCCCCAAACGUGGCUACUACUUUCGAUCCUGGAUGACUGUGGUGCAAUGCGUUCAGAUGGCCAAAGAUCUUGGCCUCGAUGAACACUACGACGACCACGAAGACGGCAUCGAUUGCGGCCAUAACCCCACGGACUGUCAUUUGCGCACCCGCAUAUGGCGGGUUGUAUUUGCUUGCGAAGUCAUGGUUGGGACGCCUCAAGGUCGCCACGAUCUUUCCGUGAACAUGGACACCGUUGAUUUUACUGUGCCGAAACGCAUGCCUGGUGCCGAUGAAUCCGAGUAUCAAGUGGCGAGAAACUUUGUCUACUUUGUCCGCAUCGUUCGUAACAUCCGCACGAUGAGCACCACCUACGCCAGGCUGCGUAAGCGCAAGGAUUGGGGCAUUGACCCCGAGUUUCAAGAACUUGACAAGACCAUAACUGCUUAUAUCGGCGAUCUCCCAGCCGACCUCGCCAUUUCUUUCCCAGCAGACAACUCACCUCCCUGGCUGCCCAGCAGCUUUAUCGGUAACCUGCACAGCUACCAUUAUCUCACCAUCAUUCUGUACAACCGACCUCAGCUCUCAUUCCUUGACCCCAAUGUCAAUCGCGUUGCAUGGAAGCAACAUAUGCUGCAGAGCUACAACGCCGCCAAGUGUAUUUGCAGACUUCAAGAAGCCAUCAUCAGCAACUUUGGCCUAUCUGGCCUCCAAUGCAUGCAACGUGGCUUUUCUUUUACCGUCUACGCCGGCUUGUCCUGCGUCGUCAUUCACCUAGUUGCCAUCGUUUCCCCUGACCCGGACCUCAACACAGAUGCUAGGCAAUUCUUCACUAGGCAUAUGCGCAUAAUGGAACAGGUGAUGGAGGUGUGGCCUAUGCCCGAGCUACAAACGCAGAUCGACACUGUUCGUGAAGCCUUUUCUGCAGAUACGCGCAGGGCUUUUGUUCUGAAGCCAUCUUUCCCUUACGGAAGCCCGCACCCGUCGAACAAAUCGAGUCCGCCACACGCGCCCAGCAAUGCGUACCAAGGCAACCCCGCACGCAGCGGCUCCCUGGACCAGCAUCUGGAUGCACACAGCAGCCUUCGCUAUGUGAACAAUCCAAUUACACCGCCAAUCUCUACUGGCCCUAUGGGUAGCAAACACGAGUCGCCUGCUGUCCAAAAUCUCGAUCUCAUCCCGCAGGUUGGGACUUCAAUGGCUGCCAUGCAGCCUAACAUGGGACUUGCUGAACAGGUCGCGUGGAACCCGUCACGUAUCUUUGAGCAAUGGAAUAAUACGUUUGCAGUAGAGCCGCCGCAGACCAACAAUAAUACCACGAUUGGGUUGUCACCUGGCGGCUCAGACGUCACCGGCAUGUCCGACACGCACACUGCCACUUCUGGGUUGGCUGCAAGUACCCAAAAUACCUCACCUCCACCUUUUGCGCCAAACAUGGCCAACUUUAUCACUCCUGCCAUGUGGCAGGAGUCUGUUGCUAGCGUGUACGAGGGUGGUCUCAAACGUGCCUGGGACCACCAAUGA